GGGGCAACUUUGAGUCAAGGUACAGCAAUAAUGACGGCACAAUGCGUACAUUGUAUUCAGGUGAAUAAGAUGUGUCCACUUGUGUGUGACAUCUUGUGACACUCUGUGUGCAAGCAUGCAGGCACGGCUGAGUCUAUGGCCAGACGGCAGGCUGGUGGUCGUUGAGGACGCACCAGGAUCGCUGGACCUCAACAUCUUCUUCGACAAGUGGGCAUUCACAAAACCAGUCAGGAAGGAUUCCCUCUCUGUUGAGGUGACAUACAUGUCAGAGGAAUGCGACAUUGAGAAGUUUCAGUUCAGAGCAUCGUCUGAGAUUGAAGCGCUCGCCUGGUUGCGGACAUUGAUUGCCUUCAGAAAGUCUUCUGUCCAGUUGGAGGCAGCACUGCAAUGCGGGUCCUUGGAGACGUUGAUGGAUGUCAUAGAGAAGUCUCCCAAGGGAAUCGAUAUACUGAAGGUCCGCUUUGCUGAUGGACUGCAUGCCACUCAUCUUGCCGCUCAGGUCUCAAAGAUCGAGGUUCUUCAUUGGCUCUUGCAGAAGAACCAGCUGUGGAAACAUAUGGUAGCGAGGAAUGGCCAACAACCCCUUCAUUGUGCAGUUCUAGCCAGAAACGUGGAGGCAGUGAAAUUGCUGCUCAAGGUUGGAGCCCAGUUCCAGCUGGACAGCACCAAUGCGAGUCCUCUGGAGCUACUGGCAGGACUUCACACGCUUCGUCAACCACCAAUGCAUGUAGCUGUAGAUGACAUCGCAUUAGCAGAGUCCAUCAGCCUUGCCGUUCCAUUUGCCGUCGACAAUGGCACCCCCGCUCAUCCCGUGGCAUUUCAGUAUCCUGCACUUUGGCGACGUGGCUGCAUCAAGAAACAUGGUUUCAGGUCGGAGCUCGAUAUCGUCUUCACAUGCUCACCGCCUGCAGCGGCUCGAGAAUGCGGAAUGCUCCGCCUGAGCCUGUUUGUGGAAAGCUGGCCAUUGAAGGAUCUGGACCCUUCUCUCCAGGCAUAUGCAGGACUGUACAAGCAAGCGAUUAAGAAGGUGAAAGGCACGGUGAUACACGAGUGCACUGAAUCAGUUCUCGACGGCGGAGAACGGUGUGUAGAUAUCUGUUACAGCUCCCCAUUGGACCGUGGAGUCUUCGGCACCGUCGUCGAUAUGAAGUUGAGCAUCAUGGGAGCGCAGCCUCCUUCGAGGAUACCAGGUUUGUGGGACGAGAAACCGAUGACACGGAUGGUGUCGCGGAUCGUCGUCAAUUCUGUUGUGGAAUCAUGUACGGAUGGGAUUCCAGCUGUGUACGUUUUCCGAUUCGAAUGCUUAGAAAGUGACUGGCCUCACCGAAAGCCGCUGUCUAGUCGAUGUCUGAGUACUUUGCAUCUGCACUAGAGAGCUCUCUGGCAUACUCAAGCAAGCGCAAUAGCAGCACAGGUCUGAGCAGCAUACUUGUUCGUCUAGCCCGAGCUUCGGCAUUGCAGACCUUUUUCUUUUUUUUCUGUGUCACAUGGAUCGCAUGUACUUUCUUAGAGCAGCAUUCACUGUGUCGGCGGGUCAGACUUUGGAAUCACACAGCUGCUGAGGAGCUCUGUCAACUUCAAGUCCAUUGCCUAUAUUCGGAAUACGGUCGCAUAUAGGAUACUAUUCAUUGGCCAUAUUCUGAAUAUGGCCAAUGAACAUAAACUGCCAUAUUCCGAGUAUGGGUAACGAAUAAAUCGCCAUAUACUUUAUAUGGCCGAUUGUCUGCCAAUGGCAUAGGGCGCCGAUCAUGUGCAGCAUGGGGCCGGUGUAGGAGUCGUUCACUUCUCGAUCGAGAUUCAUCUAGUGUACGCGAUGAGUCACGUCGCUUACAUGGUGUGAAUGUAGUCCGCUAGAAUUUCCUCUCAGCAGCACAAUUUGGUGCGAGGUUGUGCCGACGCUAGUGGGGAGCAUGUGCUCUCACAUUCUCAGGUGGCUCGACGGCUAUGCCUUUUUUUCUGUGGCAGCUCAUGGAGGUUGCUGGGUGAAGCGGAGCGGAGGGUAGAAAGCAGCACAUUGAUUACGCAGUAAUGUAGUCCACUAGAAUGUCCUCUAUCCCCCUUCCUCCCCCUCCUCCUCUUCCUCCUCCUCCUCCUCCUACAUGCAAAUGCCAGAAUUCCAUGAUAAGAAAGCAGGGCUGGGAUGUAAUAGGGUGAUGUGUGCGGUUAGGGUGAGCAGUGUGUGUCCUUAGGGACAUCCAUCAAAAUUGGAACGAGACAGAGAAGAUUGGCAUGCCCCCUGCGCAUAAAAACAAAAAGAAGGGGAUAAAAAAGAAAAAGAAGGGGGAAAAAAAAAGGGCGAGGAAUGCGGCACAAGGGACAUUCAUUCAGGAGAACUCAGAAUAAUCCAUCACAUCAGAAUGUCAGGAGCUGUGAUUCAUGGGGCCGCGCUUCCACUACACAACACUCUUCAUGUAUCUGGAGCUCAUGAUCGUCUCAAUAGAUUCAAAAUGUUGGACUCUCGGAAUGAACCUGGUCCACCAAGGCGUCCAAAAGCAUGCACAUGCAUCACUCGCUUCUCAAGGGACAUUCAUUCAGGAAAAUUCGGGAGAUGCAGUGCAUCACAUCAGAACGUCAGGAUCCCUGAGUCAUGGGGCCUUGCUCCACUGCAGAACAUUAUACAUGCAUCUGGCUGGAGGUCAUGAUCGUCCCAAUACAUUCAGAAUGUUGGGCUCCUCCGAAUGCACCUGGUCCAGAAAGCAUACAAAAUAUCACAAAUGCAUGUAGAAUGUGGAGCGAGGGCCAUGAGGUGGAUUUGUGAGCGAGUUCAGAUGGGUUAAAGGCUUUUUUUCCCUUUGUGUUUUGUACAUGGCCACUGGGAGGAGGAUUGAGCCCACUGUUUUAGACUAUAGAGGAGAUUCAGGAGAACAACAAGCCUGUCAAGCUGCCAAGCUGGUUCCUACCCCCUUGUGCUGCAUUUCACCCCGAAAGGAGGAGGACUGGUGCAGAAUGGGCAAAGUACGAGAGGAUAGAAUGCGCCGUAAGUCAGUCGACGGCUAACACGGCACGGUCUUUGGAAUGAGAAACAUUCUACAUGCAUUUGUAAUGUCUUAGGAGCUCGUCCCAAAGCUGAUUUGAGUCGCCUGCUUGCAUCCGUGAUGUUCGUUCUGUUGUUGCGUAAAGGCCUAGUUUCAGGUAAAGGUUCAGGUUCAGGUUCAGUUCCAGGUCUAUGGCUUCCUUGUGCUUGUUCACCAAGCCCAGGCCCAGUUUCAGGUCUAGGUCCAGGUCCAGAACCAGGUCCAGGACCAGGUCCAAGGUGAGGUCUUAUGGCUUCCUGGUGCGCUUUCACUACCUAUGUACAGUGUAAUAAUAGCAACUGUCGUCUGCCGGCACAGUUGCCUCUUGGCAGAUGUUGAGUGCCGUCCGUGCAUUGCGCCCUGCACAUUCAUGGGGCAGAAAAUGAGUUUUUGUCCGGUCAGUCAGUGGGAGUGAAUUGUGAUUGGCGGAUCAUUGGCCAGUAUUGCUUGCUUGUCGGCUAGAAUCUGCGUUUCCAAUUUUCCACCAAGGGCUUCGGGCGAAUUGUUGUGCUUUUUUUUAACACUAGAAACGAACACUUCAUUUUUUUUUGAAGUACACAUUUCUCUUUGAUCCGUCUCCCGUGGCUGGCAGGAUGACGGGCGGAGCAGUACUCGAGCUAGAAAGAAGAUCGGGAUGAAGUGGAAUAGAAGGGUUGUGUUGUUCGUUCGUAUUGUGGAAUUUAGAAUUUGACAUUCUUUUGCGAGGAGGAAGAGGAAGAGGAAGAGGGUGAGUGUGUUUCCGUAAAAAAGAAAUGAAAUGAAUUCCGCGAAAAAAGAAACGAAUGUGGAGUUACGUUCUGAGGAAUCUGAGCAUCCGUCAUCCAUCUGGGGAUCGUUGGCUCGACUUCGUCCGUCCGAUCGUCCUCCGGAUUGCUCAUGAAUGUGAACUUCCUCUGGCUUUGUGAAGAGCUCUCAAGUCAAGGAGGAGGAAAAGGGAGGAGAAGGGAGGAAAAGGGAGGAAGGGAGGAUUCCAUAAAGAGAGGUUCCAAGCCCACAUUCCCCAAAGUUAUGGGGAUAGCCUACAGCACGAGUUAUGGAAAGUGAAACAUGGAGUGCACACAUUCGUCUCCGGUGCGAGUGAGCAACUUGUGACAUACAGAGAGAGAGAGAGAGAGAGAGAGAGAUGGACAGAUAGAGGACUAGGUUCUAUCAGUCGAUGGGACGCAGGUCUAAAAAGGAGCUCCGGAUGUCCAAGGCUGGCUUGUAGAAGGUGACAAAUUGGAAAAAUCCUAGACAAACUCGUUAACACUCUCAAUCACGUCCUCGCCUUUAGGAGGGGAUGCUAUGGUUCUUCACAGAAUUUACAGAUGUGAGGAUGUGCUCAGGAGGGCAUGAACCCAUGUACCAAGCUACACUGAGUAAAACCAUGCUUGCCUC